CACGUUGAACGGUUGAUUGGUAUAUGACGUACAUAUCCAAGAUGCAGAGUUAGUCGAGCGGUUGGCAUUGCCGCGUCGCGCUCGAAAGGACGCCGGUUCGAGUCCCGAUGACGGAAAAUGGAAAAAUUUUUUUCUGCAACGGAUAAAACUCGACUCUCGCGCAUUGAUCGCACAAUGAUGAAAAAACUUGCGGGAGACCGACAAUCUCAUGGGAACGGCAAUCGUUCUGAUCGACGUUCCUUGUCGGUCCGUGAAAUGGCACUGUCAUAGUUACUCUGAGUGCGAUCAAUUUUUAUAACUUGUAACCGUUCUCAUUGGAUAUCUGGUCAGUUUCAUUUCUCAAUCGACUUGCAGCCGUAGUAAAUGCCUGCUUUUAGAUUGAAACUUUGGGAGAACGCACAGUUUUGGUUCUUUUAAUGGUGCAAAACGAUAAAUACUUGUCUUUCAUUAAAUUUAAUGAACACUAAUUGCAGUUCAUCGCGACGUCAUUCCGUCAGAUGUUUAUUCAAAUGAAAAGUGGCGAUAAGUAUUUCCCAGGCCAAUCAUAACAUUGAUUGCGCUCUAUCAGAUAGCCUCGGAAUGCUUGGUACGUAACGGCAAUAAGACGACGUACCGAGUCGCAAUCGAGAGAGCGCAAUCAAUACAUUAAUUAGCGUGUUAAUUAAGCGGUUAAUCGAGCUGCACUAUAACGCAUGUGCUGACCAUUCCUCAAAUGGCCCUUCGCCUUCUGCGAGCAGCAGCCAAGACGCGCGGCCAAUGAGCAGCUUUAAUGACUCGACGUUCUGCCGUGCGCCUUUUGCUGCCAACUCUCGACGACCGCUUAGGAGGUUUUUCGCGAUAUUCCCUCGCGCCGUUCUGCCGCAGUCUCCCUCUCGUAAAUCUCGCCAAAUUAUAGGGCUCCAAUAUGCUGAGCGAUCGUACGGUAAUUCGGCCAUUCUUUUUUGCCGGCACAUUGUGCAGCUUGUAUUACAAAAGCAGCUUAUGUGGAAACUUUCCCCUACUUAACUUUUAUUUCUUCGUAUAUAAUACUCCGCCGGACGCUGCGCUCACAACUUUUCUCUUUUCCUUUGUCGAGUGUCCGAGCUAUAAUUCGUUAACGUUAUUAACGGUUUCCUUCGAAACCCAUCAACUCGGACUACUUUCGAUUAAUUAAUUUAAUUACUACUAACGUACAUUAUACGAUAAAUGCUGAUUACUCGGACGACGGAUAAUUGCUUAACGACGUAAAAUAUUCCAGCAGCUCGCAAAAAAUAAAAGAAAGAAAACAAAAAAAGAAUCAAGCUACUAUUCCCUUUCGAGGCGCAUUUCGCGCGACAGUGUAAUUGCCUCUGCCUCGCCUUCGAUUCGGAUUAAUCGUUCCAGUGGGAUUUGAGCAGCAACGGCAGCGAUGCUCUCCUGCAUAAUGAUGGAAAAAUCACACACGCACACGCACACACGCACGAAUGCUCUUUGAUAAGGGUAAAAAAACAACACACGACACCGAAAGGGAUAAGAGGAUGAGAAAAAAAAAAAAACGAAAAAAGCGAAACGACUCGAAAAUGUACAGUCACGCUUUACUGGCUGCUCCUGCAAAUGCACUCGUAUCUGCGCGUUAUUACUUUUGAUCGUGUCCGUUCUAGCUAUCCCGUGUUUCCCAUGUUUUUACGUGCACGUGUGAACAAUUUUUUAUAUAAAUGCCGUUUCACUGUAAAAGCAUAAUUAAAAACAUUCAAUUUGUUAAAGCGAUAGGACAUAACAACUCACGACACAUAUGAAACUCAUCGCUUUUCGACUUUUUGUUAUCGAUUUCUCGUUUUUUUUUUAAAUUUUAAUUUUUAUCAUAUGCGCGCGUUGUCGGUCAACUAUUCGCGUAAUGCGCUACGACCCGAAUGACUUCCUCAAACAUACCGUGAAAAUACAGUAACCAUUACGUAAAAUCGUAGCAAUUAACUAUGUUACUACUGUAGAUAUAUAGGACGUGUUUUUCGAGAUCUGGAAACAUCCCGAUUCCGAUUAGACCGCACACUUAUGCGGGCAAUUAAUGCGAUUAGAAAGUCCAUAUUUUUUUCUGUUUCUCUCUCUUCUCUUGUUUCGUCAAAGAGACGUCGUCGUCGUUGUCGUCGUCGUCGUCGUCGUAUAACCGGAUGUCUUUAUGUAAGGAGGACAAAAACCUGGCGAGUACAUAAGGACGUUCAACUCGAGAAGCUCUUUGGCGCUAACAAGAGUCUCUGUGCGUAAGUCCACGGCCGAUAUGUUUAUUUUGGUGCCGUUUCUUCCUUUCGCUCGGAGAUGUUACGUAAUAGCGCUUUGGCUUAGUUACGCCGGGAGAGUGACUCUUUUAGCUGCUGCUGCUGCAGAGCAGAAGCUCGGCGAAGGGAAUGUGUGCAUGCGUUUGACUCAAACGUCCAUGCUUGACAACAAGAACAGCUUGUAUUAGAGUAGCCGAGUAGUGCGUGGAUCCUACGAUAGAUUUCGUUGGCUCGAGGGCACGGCUCCGAAAAAGCUCGCAGUGCACGCGCAAAAUGUGAAAUAAGAGCGCAUAGUGCUUCCGAGAAAGCGCCGCGAUCAAGCGCAAUCGUAGCCGCGAGCGGCCGCCUAAUAAAUCCACGUUAAAGUUUUUUUCCCUCUCGCGUCUCUCCCAGAGAGGCUAAGGCCGACCGACCGAAUCGAGAGUCGUUGCCAACGCGACGAAUACUUUAUAGCCGUGCUCGCACACGAGAGAAAGAGAGAGAGAGAGAGAGAGAGAGAGAGACGCUCCACACGGACGCGGCGGUUGUCUCUAGUUAGACGGUCAGCGCGUACAAAGGCGCGAGCGAGCAGCUACAGAUCACGUGACAAGAUGGUGUCAGUGCCCCGCGCGCGACCGAGAGAAUGGAAAUGUUGCCGUGGGUCCCCGUGUCGUCGAGUUUGGGGCGCCACUAGUCGGGUACGCGAGCGCGAAAGACCGCUCCCACCAAAAGCCGAGCAAGCGCUUUCUUCUUGCCGAGAACGUGGGUGGGCCUCCGGUCCGAGAGUGGGCAGGCUGAGAGACUCUUGCCAGAAGGGACCGUAUUCUCGCGAGAGCGAGACGCGCCGCUUUUUCGAGAUGGGACGAGGAUUGGAGCGCGUGCACUCUAGACGACAGCGACUGGGUUGGCUUGCUAUUUUUCUUGUCUUUUUUUUUCUCUCGAUGGCACUCACGAGGCUAUCGUAAUUUCUCAUUGUUGCGUGCCUUUAUUUGCUGUAUAUUAUUAACCUUGUUCCGAUUUACUACUUGUCGCACAACUUUCCAGCAUUUAAACAGUAGCAUCCCCACGUAAAUGAUCGAAUUGCACGAGGCAGUCUGUUACAUCUGUAAGUGCCUGUUGGGCGUACAAAUCUUAUUAUUACACACUCGUCUUAAGCACAUUGUCAGAUUUACGUCAAAAUCGAAAUCAUCCGAAGAACACAAAUGUUACGAGUCCGAUGACAUCGUUUUCAAUCUUUCCGCCUGAAGCUUAUCUAUCUACAGAUCGAUGUAAAUCCAACUAAUUUUCACGAAGGAUUUUGAAACAAUAAUGGGGUUCAUCAACAUUCGGUAUUACUUUUCUUUGACGACGGAGAAACUGUAGAAUUAGUAAACAUCCACACGCGUGCGUGAGUUUCAUAUGUAGAAUCGUAUUAUACACUUCAAUAAUUAACCAACAGCUUCUAAACGUGUGAAAUAACGAAAAGAAGGAAUUAAUGAUAAAGCCAUUUAAUUAGCGGUAGAUUCACGCUAAUAUUACGAUAAAAACCACAUACGAAGCGCUAACUAUAGACAUCAAAUCCAUGUGGAUUUAACAAGCAGUGUAUUCGAAUUUCAAAUUUAACAUGAAACUCGAUGUACCAGUUUCCACACGCAUACACGUAUUACCUGCAUUAGACGUUACUUCCUAUGAAUUAAUAGUUUUACCUUGCUAUUGCCGCUGGUCAAGGGUAACUUUACUGACAGUGUGUCCGAUUGAGUAACAUGAGCCACGAGCGCUUUUUGUCUGCGAGUUAAUGUGGCGGUACCAUCGAUUUUUCAUCGCACGUCUCAUACUAAUUUCACCUCCUUUCAAAAUCCAUAUAAAUACAUGCAAUUUUACGUUCAUAAAUAACUUUUAUAGAAAUCAUAAGCUUUCAAAACAAUUGUAAUACAUAAAUUAACUUGUAGAAAAAGCUUACGAUUUACUUUACUCGUUUGUCAAGUAACACAAUUAUUUAAAUCUUUCAUUCGUUUGAGCAAAAUAUAACUUUAUAGAGCUUACAUUUCAUACGCAGAGGAGUAAGAUUGACGUGAUUAGAUGAACGUGAAGAUUAUUUAUUAUUAUACUCGGUGUACCAUAUGAAUUUCACCAAUAGAAUAGUAGAAUUGCAAUAAUUCGUUAAUGUCAGCGAUUUUGUAUGAUUCUUUCAAUUUGUCUGAUGCUUUUACAUAUGCAACAUUUUUUAGUAUAACGUAAAGCUUUUGCAUAUUAUUUACAAUAAUUAUCGGAUAAAACGAAAGUGUCUACAUUUUUCAACACACAUUGAGUUUUUCAGCUCAACCGACAAGUUCAGAUAUACAAUGCCGCUUACAUCAUUAAUACUUUUAUCCUCCUGAAUACAUUCAAGAACACCUCGGAAAUUUUACGAACAGCAGCAGCGACGGCGGCGGCGGCAGUGGCAGCAGCAGCGGCAGCAACGAGCGUCAGCAGAACGAACGAGGUUGACUGACCUCUUGUCUGCUGGCGAUUGCGUUGUGCUUGCUAGACCCUGUCGUGUCUGCCGAGGCACAAGGCACCAGCAGCAGUCCGCAGAAAUCCGCGAAUCUCGCCGACCAAGGAGUGGUCGAGAAGAAGAAGAGCAAAUUGGUGCUCCGACGAUCAGGCUUUCAUGAGCACGCAAGAGGUACGCGCCGCUCAGAAGCAGGGGCCCGGGCAGCGACGCUUCGAUUGGCUCCCCACCACCAGCAAUGGAAAGGCCCCUGGGGCCGCUCAACCCCACCACCAGCCGGCGCGCCGCCAGUCCUCGAACGACAGCGUUUGCUCGCAACGUUCGGCCACACCCGAACACUACGACCUUCACUGCAAGGUGAUGCUGUUGGGAGAUAGCGGAGUGGGAAAGACCUGCAUUCUCACGAGAUUUCGCGAUGGCCAAUUUCUCUCCGGCAACUAUAUUUCAACUGUCGGCAUUGACUUUAGGAAUAAAAUGGUCACCGUGGACGACUCUCAAGUGAAGCUUCAGAUCUGGGACACUGCCGGCCAGGAGAGGUUCCGAAGCGUAACGCACGCUUACUACCGUGACGCGCAUGCACUACUACUUCUCUACGACGUGACGAACAAGCAGAGCUACGAUAACAUCAGAGCCUGGCUCGGCGAGAUCCGAGAAUACGCUCAAGACGACGUGGUCAUUAUGCUACUGGGAAACAAAUGUGACUGCAGCUCGGAACGGGUGGUAAGAAAAGAAGAAGGCCAGCGAUUGUCGAACGAGUACAAGGUGCCCUUUAUGGAAACCUCAGCCAAGACCGGCCUCAACGUCGAAUUAGCUUUUCAAGCAGUCGCCCGGGAGCUGAAAGCAAAGUCAAAUAAGGAAAUCAAUCCAGACGAGGAAAGAUUUAACGUGCUAGACUACCUGGAACAGCAUCAGUCACCUCAACAACGAGACUCCUCAUGUUUCCAUACCAAUUGCCUAACGACCUGAGCAGUCGCUUGGAAGUGUCUCGGCGCCGCGGAUUCGUGCAUAAGCGUCUCUGCGAUUGGAACGAAGGAAACGAGGGGACCGGAAACGUGAUUAUAACUCGCGCGAACGCUGUUGAUAUCGCUUCAAUUUUAAAAAUUAAAGCAAUGAAACAAGCACAUACUUUACUUGAAAAGGCCUUAGGAAUAAUAUAUGAUACUACGUUCGCUGGCGAAAAACUACAUGUCUAUGCUUUUAUCAAACGAUGAUAUAUGGAAGAAAAAAAAAAAAAAAAGAAAAAAAAAGAAACAAAAGAAGCUUUAAUUAUGUAUUUUGUCUUGUACAAGGUGUUUAAAAUAAGAAGUUCUAAAUAAAUUACUUCAGAAGACCACAGUACAGAUAUACAAUAUAUAACAAUAAUAUAUACCUAUAUAUAUAUUUAAAUAGCUAUGAGUUUGUUAUAUAAAAAAUAAUAUAGGCUUAACUGAUUUAAAUAAGAAAACAAAUCUAGCAAAAUGAACAUUGAUGUCGAUGAGAGAACACUGAUAUAUCCUCAAAAAUUUGUUUGUUUAUUAAAAAUAUUAUCAUGUCUACUUUACAUUUCAUUUGAAUAAGCAUUCAAAUCAAUUCAUAUGAAUUUAUGAGUAAAUAGAUAAUUAUUCUAGACUAGUAUGAGAUGAGUAAUGUACAUUAAUAGCACUAUCUUUUCAGAGAAAGAAUUCAAUGAUUUGCGAGUAAUCAAGUAAAGAUAAUACUAUUAGAUACAGAAUAUAUAUUGCACGUACAAUUCAAAGGACCCCUCCAAUCAAUGCCACACAAAAAUCAUUGCAAAAAUAAUGUUGAUGUACUAAUGUAUAAAGCCAAUAAUGGCAAAAAGAACCAAUGCAUGAAAAUAUAUACAGCUACCUAAUUUUAAUUAAAUUCUUCAAAUUUAAUAAUUUGUUAUUUUACAUUUUUGGCCAACUUUCAGUAUAAACAUCAAUGACUUUCAAUUUAAAUUUAAUUUUAAUUUUUUAUAUAUUUUUAAAACUUUAAUAAGAGUAAUUGUUAUACUUUUUGAAUAAUAACUAAAAAUACUGACGAUUUAUUGUACAGCAUUAGGUCAAUUUUUGUUAGAUACGUUUAGACAUACAAUUUAAGAUUC